CAUGCGGAGAGGUGGGACUUCCGGCGACCUUGUGCUUCCGGAGGCCGGGCGGAAACCGGAAGUUCCCUUAUAUCUCGGCGCGUACGCCGCAAGGAGGCCCAGGAGCAGGAGGAGGAGGAAGAAGCAGAAGGAGCGGAAGCCGCAUCGAGCGGGCCUUUAUUGCGGUCCCGACGGACCCCCACCCAGCCCCGGCCCGAGCCCCCCUCCGCCGCCGCCAUGGCGAUGCAAGCGGCCAAACGCGCGAACAUCCGGCUCCCGCCCGAGGUGAACCGCAUCCUCUACAUCCGCAACCUGCCCUACAAGAUCACAGCCGAGGAGAUGUACGACAUCUUCGGCAAGUACGGGCCCAUCCGCCAGAUCCGUGUCGGGAACACCCCGGAAACCCGCGGCACGGCCUACGUGGUCUAUGAGGACAUCUUUGACGCCAAGAACGCUUGUGACCACCUGUCGGGCUUCAACGUGUGCAACCGCUACCUGGUGGUGCUCUACUACAACGCCAACCGGGCUUUCCAGAAGAUGGACACGAAGAAGAAGGAAGAGCAGCUGAAGUUGCUGAAGGAGAAAUACGGCAUCAACACGGACCCGCCCAAGUGAGGGGCCCCUAGGCUGUUUUCAUCAUGAACUUGACCCCUGACUUGGUCAGCACUGGACCCCAGAGGGCUUCGUCCAUCCUGGCCCGUGCAGAACCUGUCAUCAGCACUCCCAGGGCUUUUCCCAGAGUUGCUCAUUGUGCCCAGGCCGAGGGCAUCACACCCUCUGCAGAACAAGAGUUGGCAAAUAAAGGUGCUGGGCUUGGGUCUGGAGUAAAAUGCCAUAACAUGUCGCCUCCAUCACCGUCACCCUGCCCUGGGACUUCUCUUUUCCCUCUGGACCAGACUGGAAGCCGGGAAGACCUGACCUCAGCCACCUGCUCCAGGCAGCAGGAGCCUGGGGAGAUGGACUGGGCUAGGACUCCCACUUCUAUUGUGAUGUCCUGGGCACAUUCCAGAUUCAGUUCCUAAUUUUUCCCCCACUUCCCCCCCCCCGAAGUAUCUAGGGCAACACAGGGCACCGGGUCCUGGGCCUGGAUUCAUGAAGACCUGAGUUCAAAUCCAGCCUCAGACAUUUGUUGUGGGAACUUGGGCAACUCGAGGAACCUCUGCCUCAUUUUCCUUCUCUGUAAAAUGGGGACAGUAACAGUGCUUACCCCGAAGGCUGAGGUGAGGAUCAGCCCCUUGUCUGGAUCCUGCAUUGUCUUCCCAAACCCUCACCCUGCCUGGCAAGCAGUAAGUGGCUAAGAAAUGCUCAUUAGUCAGUAGAGGGCUAGUCCUUUGAGGCCCCUUUUUGCUGAAUCCUGAUGCUGGCUUACACAGGGCUGGUCAGUCCUUUCUCCAUAAAACCCUGUCACAGGAGACGGGAUCUUCCAACGGGUUUCUCGCCCCACAGUCUCCACUUCACAGGCAUUUGUUAAAAUUUGGGUAGGGGAGCCCAUGUAGCAGGAGGAGGACAGGAUUCCUGGAAGAGAAGCCCGCCUGCGCGCCCCCCCCCCAGUGGAUGAGGAAGGGCAGAGGAAGGGGUACCUGGAAGCUGGGAGACUCCCCCCACCCCAUGUGGGCUGUUGGCAUGGUCCAGGCCAGAGGCUGAGAGACACUCAUUGUGUAGAACCCUGGUUUCCAGGUUGUCUGCUUUUUAAGUGUCUUUGACAGUGGUAUCUCAGCAGCCACAGGGCAGCUAGGCUGCUCCUUCAGAAGGGCCAGCAGGGAUCAUCUGGGGCCUGGAAAGGAUGGGAAACGUUUGGGCCAUCAGCUGAGCUUUGGGCUCUAAGAAUUCUAGAGAACCUAAAGGAUGAAAUAGUGGGACUUGGGAGUGUUGGGAGAAUGUUGGUGGGGUGUGGUUCUGCUCCCUCCACCUCUGUCCUCUUCUGUCCUCCCAUUCAGAAUCACCUUUCCUUGGCUGUUCCCUCCCAUUCUCCGUCCACUCCCUCCUCAGAAAUGGCCCCAAUCGCCUGCUGGAUCCAGUGGUUCUUCCUUAGUCUUCAAGGCACUGCCCUCCUUCCAUCAGCUCUGAUCCCUCUACUUCCUCUUCAUGGCCUCAGGGCUGUAGAAGGGACUUUUGUAUGUGUGAGUUUCUGCCUCUGCCCCUGCCUCUCCCUCUCAAGGAGGGCACUUAAUGGUGUGCCUGACAAUGUAGGUGCUUAAUAAAUGUUUGACUGACUGA